UAUCGCACCUCCAUUGCACAUGACGGAGUGACGAUUCUUUUAUUUGUCUCGUAAUGUGUGCCAGACAACGCGGGAAAAUCGCGGUCUCGAUGUCCACGAGCUCCGAGAGCUGAGACAGAUCCAGACAGACCUCGGCGUCGCCGUGCUUGAGAUGGAAACCCACUUCUCGCCGACGGCCUUCGCCUGGGUCUCCUUCUUCGUGCUGGGCGUCUGCGCCGAGGUGAGCCGCUUUUUGGGACACCACGAGAGCGGCCUCAGCGAUGAGCACCGAAUCCUCGUCAUCGGUCUGAACCUGGGCUCGGUAACCCUGCUGUUUGUACUCCUGGCCGUGAUGUCAUCCCGGUUGUCGGAGACCUCGAACGCGUCGAUGAUGCCGCUGCACCGGGCCCUCGGAUUGAGCUCGGACCGACCCCAAGAGUACCACGAAGGGCUCCUGCUGAUCUCGCAGCUCAGGGCGCCGGCCGUGGUCCUCACAGGCUGGGGCUUCUUCUACUUCUCCAGAGGAUUUGUGCUCACCCUGGCAGGAGCCCUGCUCUCCUACGUUAUCAUCAUCCUCCAGCUGAACUCCGAUCUUGACAAGGACAAAGAGAUAGGCAAGGACAGCUGA